UCUUUCUCUGGCGUGUGAAAGUAACCAGAGACAGACUCAGGCUGAGAGAGGGAACCAGAGCUGCACAUGCAACCUCCAGAUGAUUUAGCAACGGAUUCAGAUCCGAGUCAGUCACUGAAGAGCCCUUCAUGCAGACAGGCUGACUUCUCCAGGCCACACUAGAUGGAGAUGAAGGUGUUGCUGAGCCUGACCUUGCUGCUGACAUGGCUGGCAGAGCGCUGCAGCUGGGCUGCAGGGGUGUUCAUGGAGCCCCAGCUCCGAGCUAGGGCUGGCGACUCCGUGCUGCUGCGCUGCCUCUUCCUGGACCCCGACAGCAAGGGAGGCACCCUGCUCAAGGUGGACUGGCUGCACAAGGCAGGAGCUGGCGCUCAGGAGGAGAUGGUGUUUUAUUACUACAGCAGCCACGGGGUCCCGGUGGGCCGCUUCAGGAGCCGGGUGCAGUGGCAGGGGGACGUGUCCCGCCGGGACGGCUCCAUCCGCCUGCACGACCUGCGGCUCAACGACAGCGGCACCUACGAGUGCGAGCUGCGGCUGCUGGAGGACAGCAGCAUCUUCAAGAGCCAGACGGAGCUGCUGGUCAGCUCGGGACCCCGAGGAGGAGGAGGAGGAGCGGAGCGUCCCGAGGAUGCUGCGCCCCUGAGAGACUCCGGGCUGUGGCCGGCCGUGGUGGGCUGUGGCUGUGUGGCCGUGGUGGUGGCGUUCCUGGCCGGGCUAUGCGUGAGGAAGAGGUUUGCAAACGUCACAGCCCUGGAGAGGAUGGGGAAAAGCAGCAGCAAGAGCAAGGCAGAGGAAGCAAUUUACUCCUCAAUCCCCGGAGCUGAGGUACCCAAGGCUGAGCAGGAAGCAAAGAAGAAGAGGAGAGCUGAGGAGACGUACAUAACCAUGCACCCAUCUCACUGCCGGGACAACGGCGUCUACGUGGAGCUGGCCAAGAGGGCGAUCCCGACAGAAUGGAUGGCAGAGGGGACACAGCGGGAUGGACAGGGCCAGGAGCCCCACAGCAGGCCAGAGGAGGCAUUCCCCCCACCUCCAGAGCAGCAGAAAUAGCUGUGCUGUGGCACGGCAGACCUUUGUGUCCAAGACACCUUUGUCCCUCUGAGGACUGAGAGCUGGUGACACGUCACCGUGUGCCCCGUGCCAGGGCACUGCUGGGGCACAGCCCACCCCAGCUGUCUGCAGGGGACCAGGGGACAUGUGUCCCUCUGGCUCUUGCCCCCUGGACUCUGGAGAGAACGGGCACAGCCUCACACUCCAGCUUUGAUCCCGGCCCAGGAUAAGAAUCCCCAGGGGGGGAGAUGCAGCGAGAGCCAUCACGGCAUUUUUCUGUAGAUAAUAAAACUCAGGGAGUCUUCCCUGGUGCCGUCUUCAUUUCA